AUGGAAGACAUUCAAUUCGACGCAUCUGUUCAAAACUCGGAAGUUUUUCACUGGGAAAAGCCCAUGGAUCCAGAAAAUGGAGUUUCCGCCAUGGACGAAACCGAAGAAUCCUUGGUUGAUUCCAUGGUUUGUGACUCGGGUUCAAGACUUGUCCCAAGUGGAUUUACAAGAUCAAGUUGUGCAGAAGGAGUUCUGAUGUUUGUAAAUGCUGGAGGUGGGGAGGUUUCAGUGGAAGCAGAUUCAAGUGUUAGCUUCUUGGCUGAUAGCUUUUUUGAUGGGGGAGAUACAUUUCAGACUGAGGAGUGUAUAAGUGACGGUGGUGACUAUCCAUUCAUUUAUCAGUCUGCACGUCUAGGAAACUUCUCUUAUCGAUUUCAGAAUCUUUUGCCUGGAGAUUAUUUCAUUGAUCUUCAUUUUGUGGAGAUCAUAAACACAAAUGGACCUAAAGGAAUGAGGGCAUUUAAUGUAUUCAUACAGGAUGAGAAGGUUCUAUCUGAUUUUGAUAUCUUUUCCAUUGUUGGAGCCAAUAAGCCAUUACAACUACUUUACUCGAGAAUCUCUGUGAAGGAUGAUGGGAUGGCUGUAAUUAGGUUUGAAGGAGUAAAUGGAAGCCCACUGGUUAGUGGAAUUUGCAUAAGGAAAGCGCCUAAACUGUCAGCUCCUCAAGUGAAACAUGAAUAUGUUACAUGCAAAAAUUGUGCCUCUGAGAUCGAAGUCCCUUCAGCUCAGAACAAAGUCAUACGAAUGAAAUCGACAGCCAAGUACGAGAAGAAGAUACAAGAGCUAACCAUGCAGUGCCAGCUCAAGACAGAUGAAUGUUAUCAGGCUUGGAUGUCUUGGACUACAGCAAAUGAGCAGCUAGAGAAGCUUAGGAUGGAACUGGACAAUAAGUCAUUUCACACCUACUCUCUCGAUCAAACUGUGGAGAAACAAGCUGAAAAGCUAAGGGGUAUCUCUAGCAGGUAUGAGCGAGACAAGAAAUUCUGGGUUGUGGUAGUCAAUGACAUGGAGCAUAAAGUAAAGAUGAUGAAACAAGAGUACUCUCAGCUCUCUCAAGAAGCACACGAGUGUGCUAAUUCAAUCCCUGAGUUGAACAAAAUGAUUUUUGCAGUUCAGGCAUUGGUUGCACAGUGUGAGGAUCUCAAAGUGAAAUACAGCCAAGAGCAAGCAAAGAGAAGGAAACUCUAUAACCAAGUUCAGGAGACAAAAGGGAACAUCAGGGUAUUUUGUCGAUGCCGUCCAUUAAGCAAGGCAGAAGUCUCAGCGGGUUAUUCCACUGUGGUUGAAUUUGACACAGCCAAGGACGGGGAACUUGGAAUUCUGAGUGGUGGAUCCACAAAAAAAACUUUCAGAUUUGAUCAAGUAUACACACCAAAAAAUGAUCAAGUUGAUGUGUUUAAGGAUGCCUCUCCAAUGGUGGUAUCAGUUUUAGACGGCUAUAAUGUCUGCAUAUUUGCUUAUGGGCAAACAGGAACAGGAAAGACAUUUACGAUGGAGGGUACUGAGGAGAACCGGGGUGUUAAUUAUAGGACUCUUGAGGAACUAUUCAAAAUUGCAAAGGAAAGGAGUGAAACAUUUAUAUAUAACAUAUCAGUUAGUGUACUUGAAGUCUAUAAUGAGCAGAUAAGGGACUUGCUGGCCACAUCGACAACAUCAAAGAAGUUGGAGAUAAAGCAAGCUUCUGAAGGAUUUCAUCAUAUUCCUGGAAUAGUGGAAGCACAAGUUCAUAACAUAAAGGAAGUAUGGAAUGUGCUACAGGCUGGAAGCAGUGCCAGGGCUGUUGGAUCCAAUAAUGUGAAUGAGCAUAGCAGUCGUUCUCACUGUAUGCUCUGUAUAAUGGUAAGAGCCAAGAACUUGAUGAAUGGUGAGUCCACCAAGAGCAAGCUUUGGCUUGUGGAUUUGGCAGGCAGUGAGAGGAUUGCCAAGACAGAUGUGCAAGGAGAUCGGCUCAAGGAAGCUCAGAACAUCAAUAGAUCACUUUCAGCCCUUGGAGAUGUAAUAUCUGCUUUGGCAAGUAAAAGCAGUCACAUUCCUUACAGGAACUCAAAGCUCACACAUUUACUCCAGGAUUCAUUAGGGGGUGACUCCAAAACAUUGAUGUUUGUGCAAAUUAGUCCUUCAGAGCAGGACUUGAGUGAGACUCUGAGUUCAUUAAAUUUUGCAACCCGGGUUCGAGGGGUCGAGUUGGGUCCUGUAAAAAGGCAAAUAGAUGCAAGUGAGCUUCAAAAGAUGAAAAUGAUGCUUGAUAAAGCAAGGCAAGAAUCUAGAUCCAAAGAUGAAUCCUUAAGGAAGCUAGAGGAGAGCUUACAAAACUUUGAAAGCAAGGCCCGAGGCAAAGAUAUGAAUUGCAGAAACCAACAGGAAAAGAUCAAAGAACUGGAAGGUCAGCUUGAGUUGAAGACAGUGCUACACAGUCAGUCAGAGAAACAAGUUUCACAUCUUUCAGAGAGAUUGAUUGGGAAGGAAGAAAUUUGUGCUGGUCUUCAACAGAAGGUCAAGGACCUUGAAACCAAGCUGAAAGAGCAAGUUCAAGAAUCCGAGUUUCGUUCUGUCAUCAUCCAACAAAAGGUUGAGGAGCUUGAGAGAAAACUGAAAGAACAAGAACAGAACUCAGAAUCCAUUGUACUUCGUCAAAAGAUUAAUGAGCUUGAAGACAAGUUCAGGGUGCAAGAACAACAGUUGGCAUGUACCCUAGUUUCAGAUUCUGCUAAUUCAUUAAGAUCCACUCCAACUGAAGAUAAACGCUGUGUUAGAGACGAGACUAUGAAUGAGGCUGACCGCUAUAUUCUGAGGAGUUCAAACUCAACUAACCGCCAAAUGAGUCGGGGGUCUAACUUGCUAAAGGGAAAUGACUUCCGUCAUGACAUAAGAAGGAAAAGAUUAUCCAGAAAUAGUGAAACAGAGAACAUCAUUUUAUCAUCUUCUCUCAAUGAAAAGAAGGCCAGGCAAUCUGACCCACCGAAACCAUUUCCCAGGGUCACAAAAACAGCAAACCCGGCAACAAAUGCUCCACGACGCUUGACUCAUAUCCGAACAAACAGAGAUCCCGCUCAAGGAGUUAAAGAGAUGGAUAGCAAGAAAAGGAUCUGGUCAAGAUAGCAAGGUGAAACUAGUCGAAGCCAACUUGUAAUUGUGUUGUCUUUUCAACUAACAUUUACGUUAUGGAUAAAAUUUUCCUAUCCUUCACUGUGUAGUAGAUUGCUAGUGUGCUUGAUGUCAAACUAAAUGUAAUCCCCCAUAUGUAUGUUAUAUUCUUGAGGAGAAAUGAAAUGUAAUCCAUAUUCUGGGAAUCCUAAGUUGUGACAAUGUUAUUCUUGUUGCCCAAAUUCAG